AUGGUCCUGAGUGGGGCACUAUGCUUUCGAAUGAAAGAUUCAGCCUUGAAAGUGCUUUAUCUUCAUGAUAACCAGCUUCUAGCCGGAGGGAUACAUGCAGGGAAGGUCAUUAAAGGUGAGAAGAUCAGCGUUGUUCCCAAUCGAUCACUGGAUGCCAAGCUAUCCCCAGUUAUCUUGGGUGUCCAGGGAGGAAGCCAGUGCUUGUCCUGUGGGACAGAGAAGGAACCCAUUUUGAAACUAGAGCCAGUGAACAUCAUGGAACUCUACCUUGGUGCCAAGGAAUCCAAGAACUUCACCUUCUACCGGCGGGACAUGGGAUUCACCUCCAGCUUCGAGUCAGCUGCCUAUCCUGGCUGGUUUCUUUGCACUGUGCCUGAAGCUGACCAGCCUGUGAGGCUCACCCAGAUCCAGGAGGACACCCCCUGGGAUGCACCGAUUACAGACUUCUACUUCCAGCAGUGUGACUAG